UACUUAGACAUCAAUAUUUUUUUCUUAUGAUAUGCUGGACUAUGAUUUUAACAGAAUUGCCUUGAGAAAUUCCAAAUGCCACUAACAAUCUAUCAUAAUUACAUGAAAACCCCCCCUUUUCUUCAACAGUUUUUGGCGGGAAGAGUUAGUUAUAAGUUGGACACAAUCUCUCCACCUAAAGGAACCAUGAAGCCAAUAAGACUCUCUCAUCUCUAUUAGAUUUUCUCCUCUUUAACACACAAACCUAGAAGAACUCGCGAAGAUCUCAACUGAAGGUAACCAAAUUCAAGAAAAUCAAGAACCUCUCUCUUAAUGGCCAAAUACCUCUUCUCUUUCCUCCUCCUCCUCCUCCUCCUCCUCACCACCACCACAGCCACCUCCACCUUCAAUCCCAUCUGUACCUUUAGCCCCACACCCUCACCCACCUCUGCCACCACUCCUGCUCCCAUCACCAAUUCCAACACCAACAUCGCCCUCUCCCCCACAUUUGCACCAUCUCCCAUCAUCACCAUCCCCACUCCUGCACCCUCUUCUGCUCCAACUCCCAUCAAUAAUACCACCACCACCACCACCACCACCUCCACCACCCUCACUCCUACAACCACACCCUCGACUGCCCGUACUCCAAUUCCCACUAACAAAAUCACCCUCACCCCCACAUUUGCCCCCAGUCCGGCCCCAACUCCCACCAUCAUCACCCCCAUAUUGGGCCCCAGUCCAGCCCCAACUCCAAUCAGCAGUUCCGCCUUCACCACCACACCCACAUUUGGCCCCAGUCCUGCCCCAACUCCAACCAACAGUUCCAUCUUCACCGCCACCUUCUCACUACCACCAACACCACCAUCAACAUUUACACGGCAACAAGAUGACCUCAAAUUCGUCUUUCAAGAACAAAUCUACAACAUCAUUGAUGCGAUACUUGGUACAGGAGAUUUCAAGAACUGGGCCAAUGCCCUCGGCAUGGCUGACUCUACCACCUUCCCUAUCUCCGCCACUUUCUUUAUCCCGUCUGACAACUCUCUUUCUCCUACUACCACCUCCGCUGACCCUGACAUCUUCCCUUACCACAUUGUCCCUCAACGCCUCUCUUUCGCUGAUCUCCAGCAAUUUAAGACCUUCUCUCGCCUCCCAACUCUCCUUUUUGACAAGUCCAUACUUAUCACCAACAAUUCUGCAUCAAAUUUCACCCUUGAUGGCUCUCGCCUCACUCAUCCUGAUAUCUACACCAAUGCUGCCAUUACAGUUCAUUGCAUAGAUAACCUUCUUGAUCACUCAGUUUAUGGUACUGAAUCUGGGAAGAACUCUUCAAAACCAGACGCGGUUGGCCCGCCACCAACUCCUGCUUCUCCUCCUCGUCCUACUCCAAGAACAUUUGUUCCAAGCACUGCAGAUGAUGAAGAGUUUACUGUUCAUCAGCAUGGAGAGUCAGAUGCGGCUUGCUUGUGCACUGAGGUGUGGACUGUUUUCUUGGUUCUUUGUGUGGCUUUGGCAUCCAAGUUUCAAAGAAUGAUUCUUGUCCAUUGAUGGGUUCUUGCUAAAGAACUAAGACAAUCAAGAAGUACUGUAUUGCUAGUUGGAUCAGCUUUAGGCUCGUGCUUGUUAAGAGUCAGCAUCAAAACAAUCAAUUGGGUCAUUUCCAAUUUCAAAGAUGAGAUUUCUUCUCCUUUCUUUGUUAAUGUUGUAAUUCAUUAGACAGGGAAGGAUUUGUUCUUGUAAAUGGGCUUUAGCAGAGUUGACAAAUGGAGGGCCGGAUUGUUAACAGAUUAGGGGCAGAGAUUUGAGGUCUGUUCAAUGAUCUUUCAUGGCAUUUGUAAGAUCGUUUAAAUGUAAAUCUGAUGCAGAAUUCAUGAACCUAUGGCUUUAAUUGGCUGAAAACUCCUUGUUAAUUUCAGGUGUCAUUUUGCUUUUUA